CGGAGCCGCGAUGAGCGGGAGCGGCGCCCCCGGGCCCGGCGCGGCGCCCUGCCGCUUCGCCCACUACUUCGUGCUCUGCGGCAUCGACGCCGAGAGCGGGCUGGAGCCCGACGAGCUGGCAGUCUUGUACAAAUGGCUAGAAGCAGAUCUUCAUGGCAAGAGCUCAGAUGCUACAAACAAAGCUGCAGGAGAGAACUUCGACCAGAGUCCCUUGAGAAGAACUUUCAAGUCCAAAGUUUUGGCUCACUACCCGCAGAACAUAGAGUGGAACCCCUUCGAUCAGGAUGCCGUCAACAUGCUGUGCAUGCCCAAAGGGCUGUCCUUCAGAACGCAGGCGGAUAACAGAGACCCGCAGCUCCACUCGUUCAUCAUCACCCGAGAAGAUGGCUCUCGUACGUACGGAUUUGUGCUCACUUUCUACGAGGAAGUCACAAGCAAGCAAAUCUGCACAGCCAUGCAAACGCUUUAUCAGAUGCACAACGCUGAGCAGUACAGCAGCGUCUGUGCCUCGUCCUCGUGCAGCAUGGACUCCUUGGCCAGCAGCAUUGACGAGGGAGAUGCCACUUCCCUCGCCAAGCUCCAGCGGUAUAACUCCUAUGACAUUAGCAGAGACACGCUGUAUGUAUCCAAAUGCAUAUGCCUCAUCACUCCUCUGCCCUUUAUGCAAGCCUGCAAGAAGUUCCUGAUCCAGCUCUACAAAGCAGUUACCUCCCAGCAGCCACCACCUCUGCCCCUAGAGAGCUACAUCCACAACAUCCUGUACGAGGUGCCCCUGCCACCCCCGGGCAGGUCACUGAAGUUUUACGGGGUUUACGAGCCCAUCAUUUGCCAGAGGCCUGGCCCCAACGAGCUCCCGCUGUCUGACUACCCAUUGCGGGAGGUCUUUGAGCUUCUGGGACUGGAGAACCUCGUCCAGGUUUUCACUUGCGUUCUCCUGGAGAUGCAGAUCCUGCUGUACUCCCAAGAUUACCAGAGACUAAUGACGGUAGCAGAAGGGAUCACUACGCUCCUGUUCCCGUUUCAGUGGCAGCACGUUUAUGUUCCCAUCCUUCCUGCUUCUCUCCUGCACUUUCUGGAUGCUCCUGUGCCCUAUCUGAUGGGCCUUCAGUCCAAGGAGGGAACUGACCGCUCCAAGCUGGAGCUCCCCCAGGAGGCAAACUUGUGCUUUGUGGAUAUUGAUAACCAUUUCAUAGAACUGCCAGAAGAAUUCCCCCAGUUCCCCAACAAACUGGAAUUCAUCCAGGAAAUCUCCGAGGUUCUCCUCCAGUUUGGGAUCCCCCCGGAAGGUAACCUGCACUGCAGUGAAAGUGCCACCAAACUCAAGAACCUGGUUCUCAAUGACUUGGUGAAUGACAAAAAGAAUGGGAACAUCCCCAGCAAUGCCAUCAACAUGUACGAGUUGCUAAAAGGCAACGAAACGAUCGCCCGCCUACAAGCUCUAGCCAAGAGAACAGGCGUCACAGUGGAAAAAAUGACCAUCACAGCUCCCCUGGCGGAAAAAGAAAGGGAUGUGAAGCUGCAGUGUGAGGAGGUGGAGCUGAGGGACUACAAACUCAACGUGCAGCUUCGUGAGGUUUUUGCCAACCGCUUCACCCAAAUGUUUGCGGACUAUGAGGCUUUUGUCAUUCAAGCUGCACCCGAUAUGGAAUCCUGGCUGACAAACAGGGAACAGAUGCAAAACUUUGACAAAGCUUCCUUCCUUUCGGACCAACCCGAGCCUUACCUCCCAUUCCUCUCACACUUCAUUGAAACACAGAUGUUUGCAACCUUCAUAGAUAAUAAGAUAAUAUCUCAGUGGGAAGAGAAGGACCCUCUUCUGCGAGUUUUUGACUCUCGAAUUGAGAAAAUAAGGCUAUAUAAUGUAAGGGCCCCUGCACUGCGGACAUCCAACUACCAGAAAUGCAGCACUUUAAAAGAAGCAGGUCGACUGUCUAUGCAGCGCCUAGUUUCAGUAGACAUUGUGGCACCAGAACCUCAUAUUCUGUAUUGUGAGAAGCAGCAAACUGAUACCCAAUCUAUCGAGCAGCGGCUAAUGAAGAUUGAUCACACGGCCAUCCACCCACAUUUACUUGAUAUGAAGAUUGGUCAAGGGAAAUAUGAACAAGGAUUUUUCCCAAAGUUGCAAUCAGAUGUCUUGGCAACUGGACCUACCAAUAACAACCGCUGGGCCAGCCGCAGCACGACGGCGCAGCGGAGGAAGGACCGCCUGCGGCAGCACUCGGAGCACGUCGGGCUCGACAACGACCUGAGGGAGCCAUCGGAGGAGCUUUUGCUUCGCCAGAACUCGAUGGCCUUCUGGGAGUGGGACCAGGGGCCGCCCCCUCCUGCACGGCCUCCCAAAAAAUCCUUCUCUGAGUGCUGCCUGAAAUACAUGCAGGAGGCGAGGAGUUUAGGGAAAAAUCUAAGGCAGCCCAAACUCUCAGACCUCUCUCCAGCUGUGAUUGCGCAGACCAACUGCAAAUUUGUGGAAGGGUUACUGAAGGAAUGUCGGAUGAAGACUAAACGCAUGUUGGUAGAGAAGAUGGGCCAUGAAGCAGUGGAGCUUGGACAUGGAGAAGCCAACAUAACAGGUCUGGAGGAAAAUACGUUAAUCGCUAGUCUCUGUGAUCUGCUAGAAAGAAUCUGGAGCCAUGGUCUGCAGGUCAAGCAGGGGAAAUCGGCUUUGUGGUCCCAUUUACUUCAAUACCAGGAGAGAGAAGAGAAGCAAGAGCAUAGUGCAGAGUCCCCAGUAGCUGUUGGAACAGAAAGAAGAAAGUCUGAUACAGGAAUUACUCUGCCUACUUUGAGGGUUUCCCUAAUACAAGAUAUGAGGCACGUUCAGAACAUGAGUGAGAUAAAGACAGACGUGGGACGAGCCCGAGCCUGGAUAAGGCUUUCCCUGGAAAAGAAACUUUUGUCUCAGCACCUGAAGCAGCUGCUUUCCAACCAGGCACUCACCAAGAAACUUUACAAGCGUUACGCUUUUCUGCGCUGUGAAGAAGAACGAGAACAGUUCCUGUAUCACCUACUCUCGCUCAAUGCUGUGGAUUACUUCUGCUUCACAAGUGUCUUCACCACAAUCAUGAUCCCAUAUAGGUCAGUGAUAAUCCCCAUCAAAAAAUUAAGCAAUGCAAUAACCACAUCAAACCCAUGGAUUUGUGUUUCUGGAGAACUAGGAGAUACGGGCAUAAUGCAGAUUCCUAAAAACCACCUAGAAAUGACAUUUGAGUGCCAGAAUUUAGGAAAAAUGACGACUGUUCAGAUUGGUCAUGACAACUCAGGGCUAUUAGCCAAGUGGCUGGUUGAUUGUGUCAUGGUCAGAAAUGAAAUAACAGGACACACGUACAAGUUUCCGUGCGGACGGUGGCUGGGGAAGGGAGUCGACGAUGGCAGUUUGGAGCGAAUACUUAUUGGGGAGCUGGUGUCCUCAACGUCCGAUGAGGAGCUGGGAAAGCAGUGCCGUACCCCACCCCAGCAGAAGUCUCCUACCACAGCUCGCAGGCUGAGCAUCACUUCCCUCACCGGGAAGAAUACAAAGCCUAAUGCGGGACAGAUCCAAGAGGGAAUCGGAGAAGCUGUGAACAAUAUUGUGAAACAUUUUCACAAACCAGAGAAAGAGAGAGGGAGCCUUACCAUCCUGCUGUGUGGAGAAAAUGGUCUGGUUGCAGCUUUGGAGCAGGUCUUCCACCACGGAUUCAAAUCAUCUCGCAUUUUUCAUAAGAACGUCUUCAUCUGGGAUUUCAUAGAAAAAGCUGUUGCUUAUUUUGAAACCAGUGACCAGAUCGGAGACAACGAGGAGGGCCUUUUGCUUCAGAGAUCUUCAUGCAAAUCCUUCUGUCAUUAUGUGACUGCCAUCAAUACAGCUCCAAGGAACAUUGGGAAGGAUGGCAAAUUCCAAAUUUUGGUUUGCCUGGGGACUAGGGACCACUUGCUGCCCCAGUGGAUCCCGCUGCUGGCAGAGUGCCCGCCCAUCACGCGGAUGUACGAGGAGAACGCCCUCCUGCGGGACCGCAUGACUGUCAACUCCCUUAUCCGGGUCCUACAGACGUUGCAAGAUUUCAACAUUGUCCUAGAAGGAUCGCUCAUUAAAGGAGUGGAUGUUUAGCAUGGCUCUGCCGAGAACUUCAUUAUUCCUUUCCCGAGCAAGCGAGCUGCAACCAGAGACCUGUCAGGACUUGAACGCAACAGUAGCGCACCACUGCAAGGCCAAGCUGCCUGCUGGAGCAUGAGCGGGAAGCCCCGUUGAUGCCAGAUCAGGACUGUCCUCUGAAGCUGCAAAAAGCUAAAAUGCAGUAUUGUAGUUUAUUUGAAACAGAAAUUUAGUAUAAAAUAGAGUAUUUUCAUGUGUUAGAUGUGUGUAAAUAUGCUAUCUUCUUUAAGAAAUUAUAUUGCUCUAAGAAAAUUUUCUUAGACUGAAUGUUCCUGUUCUGGAUAUGAGUAGCUUAAGCCCAGGGGGAAGGACUUGGGGGAGGGAAGGACCGAGGUGGAAAGGGAAGAAGCCAAUCAAUGUGUAAAUACAGCGCAAACUCAGCAGGGCUUUUUUCAGGUAUUGCAAAUGAGUACAGCAAAUAUCCGUAUGUAGUCGUUGUGAUCGUCUCACUCUUGGAAAUGUUGUAAGCGUGUGCUGUUUGCCCUAUUGUACAUGAUCUCCCUUUGGGUUUUUUUUGUUUGUUUGUUUGUUCGAAGACCCAACUUUUUCCACGCACGAAAGCUGUGAGUCGUCAAUUUUUUCUGUAAGGUCUUUUGUGUCACUUCUGUUGAUCUCCAGAGGAGAGACAAGUGUUGAAAGGCCAAAACACUGGAGACGGGAACUGCUGAGCCUCAGAGCCCCAGAGGCUCCAAGACUUGUUUAAGCUGCAUGGCCACAGCCGGAGGUGAGGGAACGACGGUUCACUUGGCUCCUUGGUUUGUCCCUCACCUGCCUACAUGUUUUGAUGACCCCUCCUCACAUCAUCUCUUCCACACCAGUUUGUGUUGUGGAUGACUUUUUUUUUUCCCCAUGUUGAGGAAUUUGGUUCAUGAGAUGUACCAAAUUCUUGCUGUACUUGAGAAGAAUCAUUGCUGUAGAGCCACAAACACCGAUGUUGCUGUGCUACUGAACUAUCUCAGCUGGUUUUGAAAUGCUGACAGGUUACUAGUCUUCCUCUACCCUGCAGCAUACGUGCUCCUAGGAAGUAUAGGAUCUUUGGUUACUAUUUUUUCUCUUUUUUUUUUUUUUUUUUUUUUUUAAUUAUCCAGCUACAAAACAAGAAUGAAGUAAAAAGAAGGAGAAAAAAGUCUCACUUCGGCAGUUUGAAGCUCCUCUCCCACAGUCUUUCAGUUAAUGUGUUAGCAAUACAGUACAUUUAUAUGGAUCCACGUCUUGAAGAGAAACUGGAAAGUGGUGAAAUCCUGUACACUAAGAAUGAACAGCAGAUUCCAUUAAAAUCAGCUUGUGGAUACCACACAGCAAAUACGGGGUGUAUUUUCCUUUCUUGUAGUUGAAGAGGUCUGAAGGCAUAGUAGGCUUCAUUUGUUUUUAUUUUUCAGAGAUUAGAUAGGUAUGUUUUUGCUUUCACUUGUUUAUUCCCUUUGAUCUUGGCCAGUUCUUCCGUGGACGUGGACAUCUCACUGCUAUAACCGUCAGCUGUGGCUUGCAAAGGCCCUUACCUGGUUCUGCGAGUGCAUUACCUUGUGCGUUGCUCUCAAAUGGCAACAGAAAAGAUUUUGGGGUGCUGGGCAAUAGUACGUCUCUGUAUGGUAUGCACGUAAUGGAGAGGGGGAUGAAACCUAAGGCAAAGGAAAGAGCAUUAAAGUUAGGGUUCGCUUUCUCAUUUGCCCGUUGUCCAGCUUCUUCGCUUUGCUGUGGUCCUUCUGCUGUACAGAUAAGAGCACUCAUUCCGGUGCCAAGUUUUGGAUCGUGUUCCUGGCCAGAAGAAAAUUCUUACUGUGGCCCGAUGUCAUUAGAAGGGAAAGCGCUUGCACCUCCUUAACCUGACUAAACUGGUCCCAGAUACCCCAGGCAGCGCUGCAGGGUCACUGCUGCGGGUAUGAGUUGUGAGUAACUAAUGCAAAGGCUGUGAAUGGUGUAACGAAUUUGUAGCCAGAGCCCAUGGCUGCGUGACCUCUCCCUCGCGUGUCCGGAAAGGUGCAGCUUGAGGUGUUAGUUUUUUUGAGCAGCCAGGCAAGUCUGCUUCAAGUCAGCAGAAGAUGCAUGACAAACCUUCAUUAGCAACUGAAAAAUGCAUUUCUACUGCUUUAUCAAUAAAUUAUACGUUUAGUACCAGAAACCAUAUGGCAGCGUUAUUUGGUAAUGACUGCUUAGGGUGUUUUGCUUUCUGUUACUUACAAUUCAGGCAGUCUAUGUCUAAUAACUGCUAUACAUGAUUUCCUUGCACCCACCCAGCCUGGUCUAAGUGACUUUCAUUUUACUGAGAUAAUAACCUCUUCAGUCACUGGAUUUCUUUGCAGCAGCAUCUGCUAGCUGAAUGCUUUUUCCUUCUUCUCAAAAUAAACGUAUGGCUUAAGCAUUCAUAACAUUCACCCAACAUGACACAGUUCGAGUGGAAGCAGGAUAAAGUAAAAACACAGGCCUCUCUAAAAGUCAAGCACAGAUGAAUAAAUUAUAUACACAGAAGGCAAUAAUGUCUUAAAGUCUUUUUUUAAAGAGUAAGUUAAAGAAGUUAAAGGCUAAGUCAAAACCUGAGAAAUUUGAAAAUUCAGAAUAGGGACUUCUUCUGUUUCAAACUAGAUUAAGGAACCUUUAGCACUUAACUUUAACACAACUUCACAUCAGUUCUUUUUAGCAAGUGUUGACUUGUUUGUUUUUGUCAGAUUUCACAUCACAAUGAUUCAAUAAAAAAUGAUAUUUGUCUAAUAUUUCCUUGUAGGCAAUAAAGCACCCUAAGGUGUGUUGAAAGGGGCACAGCUGAGUACCUCUCAUUUGUAGAUUAGUUCUUUGACAACCUUGGGAGUAUGGUUCUUUGUAGUGAAUUUCUAUUCUUUCUUUCUUUUUUUUUUUUUUUUUUUUUUUGGUAAAUUACUUUUGGUUAUUGGAAAAGGUGAGGGAUUUUUUUGUAUGAGGUUUACAGAAAUCAUUCUGUCUGCUAGAAUGGUUAGAAACCCAUCAGGAUCCUUCUAAGCUGACACAGUUUUUACUUCAGUGUUAAAGCACCUUCAUUGGUUGAGAAAGGGAAUCUUGGAAAAGACCAAAGCGCUCUGCUUUUGCAAAGUUUCCUACCCGGUAUCUGUUUGCAAAUGUUUGCGUUUGCAUAGUCCUAGUAUGCUGACAUUCAAUAUAACUUGAAAGAGUCAGAGACUCAAAUGCCUCACUGUGUACAAAACAUGUAUUUAUAAUUCUCUGAAACUGAUGAAAUUGUAUUGUUCAGUGAAAACUCGACUCAUGUUUGUUUUGGGCUGGCAUGUGUAGCUAGGUAUCGUUCAAAACUAUCUUUUUAAAAUAGUUGUGUAAAGGCAUGUUUGAGGAAAUUCCUUCUUUCAAUCAAAUGAAGGUGUGCAUCUUAAGGGGAAAUGCUGUAUGUUACACUUCAAAUGUACAAAUGUGCCGUAUAGCUCCAAAAGCCCCUCAAUGUCUCCAUUAAGUAUAUUUUGUCUUUGCAUUAUUACUAACUGAAUAAGAACUGGAUUAUUUUCAAGAAGAUGACAUUAGUAAAAGUAUUGUUAUAUCAAGCACUUUAACAUACAUAUCACAAACUGACAUGUUUUUUUUCAGGUUUUGAAGUACAUUGAAAUACAGCUUUUCAUGCUAUGUCCUUUACAAAUAAAAACUGUGAGAAUAA